AUGGCGCAGCUCCUGUGGCCCUGGUGCCCGGUUGGUCUGCCGGACCACAGCUCCACCCUGGAGUGUGCAUGGCACAACAGGGAGAUCCUUUGCUUCCUCUACUUCCGCCAAAAAGGCCGCUUGCUGCCUGCUGGGCCGGGCAGGACUGCAGGAAUCUUGCGAAGGGUUGCGGGCUGGACCACAAUUGCUUCUGACGGCCAUUGGGAUACGCAGUCCCAUCUAGGUGGCACCGCCUUGUCCUUGGUGCUGCGUAAGAGUCAUGCAAGGAGCAAAGCAUCAAAGCUACGCAGGGCUCGUUUGGAGGCGUUUUUGGGGCGGUUGCGCUUCGAAGUUCGGCCGCAAUUUUCAGACACUUCUGGAGGCAGCUGCCCAGGAAAUGCAUUGGUUGUAGGAGUGCAACGCUGCAGCGGGAUGCUUUGGGCUGGCUUGACUUUGGCUAUGCUUGACCAGCGAGGUCAGUUGAAUGGCAUUGCACGUGCCGCACAUGUUCUGUUGGAAAUUCAUUUGGCAAAGUUCGACUUGAACUCCGAGCACUUGCGGCCUCCCCAAAUGGCAGACGCAUUUGUUGUAUCCCUGGUGUCAUCAACAGAUGAGUGGGCAGUUGCACAGGCGCUGCAUCCUUCGGCUGGGCUCAUGGGUUCUUUCUUAGCUCCUUCAGCUCAACCAGGUGGUGUAGCUCUUCCCUUGGAGGUCUUAGCGGACGAAGGUCUUCUUGGAACUCUCUUGGGACGCUCGCCGGAGCUCCUGCAGCUUUAUGUGGCCAACGAAGCAGAACUCCUCCGAGCAUGGCAGUUGGCAAAGCCGCUGCUAGGCGCAGCAACGACCCUUUGCUUCAACGCACAAGUGACGAUUUCGCAGAUCCCUGGCCUGGCGAAGCUCCCUGCCACGCCCUGGCCGGGCGGGCCCGGGAACACCGGGCUUCGCUGCGUCGCGGCCACGGACUCGGCCAUCCGUGUGCACCGUCGUUGGUCACGGCCGCUUUCAUCACGGCUUGAUGUGGGGAGUGGAGCUGGGCUCCACUUACGUGGUAGCGUCCCGGUGGCCGACCUCGAGAAGCUGCUUCCCGGAGUAAAAUCCAUUUGGUUGGAAGUGGGCUGCAAUAACUGGGAGCUGCUCCGGGACCAGCUUCCGGCGGAUGGAUCCACCUGGCUACUGACCCUGGAGCCUUUGGUGGACAAGUUUGCCUUCCUUCGAGCCUUCGGCGACCGGCGGCAGCUGGUGCUUCCGCUGGCGGCCGCUGAGUCUCAGUUCGGCCCGUGGGCCGCGCUGCGCUCGCAGAACUACAGCGACUUCCGAGGGCGGAAGGGGGUGACCUUCCAGGAGAGCGGCGCCAGUUCCUUGCUGCGAUAUGCGAAUGGUUUCAUGGACCAUCGCUGGGAAGGAGCAGAAGCGCAGUACCGGAAUUUUCGAGAGUACAUGGUGCCCACAGUCCCUUUGCACUGGGUGGUCGAGACCUUGCUGGGAAGGCGCCAAAUCGAUUUCCUCAAGAUUGACGCGCAAGGGUUGGACUACAGCGUCUUCAAUUCCCUGGGGCCUUAUGUGGGUCAUGUGAAGCGAGUGCAGAUGGAGCUCCAUGAACAUGUACGCCAUGAGGGAGAAGUCCCAUGCAGUGAGGUGUUUCGCCGCAUGGAGCUCCAUGGAUUCCACGUCUCCCACGGCGGACCUUGCCCGAUGUGGGAUUCCAGUACACAUGAUGAAGUGGAUGUGGUGUUUGAAAGGAGAACAAGCUCGCCAUCAGAUGCAAAAGGUGUCACUGCGCGUCCCAUGCCGCAUGCCGCUCAUCGGUGGACUUGA